AUGAAAGAGUAUGAGGAUCGAUCAUCAAUCAGGCUGCUUCCAUUGAUCCCCACACUUAUCCGGCUAGACGGCAGAUCGUUUCAUAAUUUCACGAAAGGGUUGGAUCGGCCCUACGAUGAGCGGCUUCGGCUUUGUAUGGUUGAAACCAUGAAGAAGCUGGUAAGUGAAACCAAUGCGCGAUGCGGCUAUACGCAGAGCGACGAAAUCACUUUAUUGCUUCAUUCAGAUGACGCGAAAUCGAUGAUUUGGUUCGACGGGAAACACAGUAAAAUGGUUUCGCAAUCGGCAGCGUUAGCUACUUUGUAUUUCAAUCAGGAAGUGCAAAAGCAUUUGCCAGAUUACUUGGAACGAAAUCCCACCUUUGAUUCCAGGUGCUGGCAGGUUCCCACGAAAGAAGAAGCUGCGAAUGCCUUCUUGUGGCGUGAAAUGGAUGCAACCAGAAACAGCAUCAGCAUGGCUGCACACGCUGAAUUCAGCACGAGAGAAUUGCACGGAAAAAGUGCCUCGGAGAAGCAGGAUAUGUUGAUAGAGAAAGGGAUCAAUUGGAACGAUUAUCCGGCCGAUUCAAAAGGGGUAUCUAUUGCCAAAGAAUUUUUGUGGAACAGAAAUUCACGGCCGCAGAACUUGAGCAACUUCCUGAGAAGCACAAGGCGCGACAAAACCCGAUUUGAUUGUGAAGAGAUUGCGAGUGUCGGCACAUUGCCUUCCCAUCCUGUCUCGAGUCGCCAAUAA